UACCGAUCUUGCAUCCGAAAUCGACAUCGAUGAAUCCGAAUAUAGACGGGAACUUCUCAACGAUAAAUGGCGGAUGCUGUUUGAUAAGUUUGAUCCGGAGGGUUUUGGCGAAAUACCAGUCGAGGAUUUUUUUGUGGCGCUGAAAAGUCCCGAAUGGAAAGCCGAGAUACCGCUGAAUAAACGGGAUAUUCUCCUCACCAGGGCAAAGGAAUCACGUGUUCAUGCGGUGACGUUUCAGGAUUUCGUCAAUGUGAUGAGUGGCAAACGAACGAGGAGUUUCAAAUGCGCGGUUCACCAUCGUGACCGUGAGGUUUGCUCGGAAAACGAUUUUCACCUGCUCGUGCACGAGCCCCCGCUUUUUCGCAGGAUGGUCCGCAUGAUCGGCGACGAAUUCCUUACGGAGGAAAGGGACCGGAAGUACUACGCCGACCAUUACACGUGCUGCCCGCCGCCUCUCUUCAUCAUCCUCAUCACCCUUGUGGAGCUGGGUUUCUUCACAUAUUAUACAGUAGCGAUGGGAGAGGUAAAUCCUUCUGGGCCGGUACCAAUCGAUAGUGUCUUCAUUUACAGACCGGACAAACGUCUCGAACUUUGGAGGUUCGCAUUCUACAUGUUCCUUCACGCAGGGUGGCUUCAUCUGCUAUUUAACCUAGGAGUGCAGGUGGUCGUGGGACUUCCCUUGGAAAUGGUUCAUGGAAGUCUGAGAAUCGCGGCGGUCUAUAUGGCUGGAGUCCUUGCUGGUUCUCUGGGUACAUCGGUGUUCGACACAGACGUGUAUCUCGUGGGGGCCAGCGGGGGUGUUUACGCUUUGCUCGCGGCUCAUCUAGCCAACGUCCUCCUCAACUACAACAACAUGGAGUUUGGCAUAGUGCGGCUAAUAGGCAUCUUCGUAAUCGCGAGCGCCGACGUAGGAUUUGCCAUCUACGAUAGGUACGCGGCUGAACAAAUGGGACCACCUGUUUCGUACGUGGCGCAUCUAACCGGCGCGUUGGCGGGCUUGACGAUCGGCCUUCUGGUGCUGAAGAAUUUCGAGCAACGGCUUCACGAACAGCUGCUGUGGUGGGUGGCGUUGGGCGUGUACGCGGCUUGCACGAUCUUCGCGGUUAUGUACAAUCUCAUGCAUCCGGAUUAUCCAUGACGUGAGGUCAGCUUCGCGUACGGGCAACCCCGGAACACGUAACGCGAAGCUGAACAACGCUGAACCACGAUGAAACAGAAGGGAAGAACGGCUGGUGAUAGAGUGGCAAGAAGACGGGGAAUGUGAUCUUGAGAAAUCCCGAUUAAACGAUUGUUAAUGGGUGCGUCUUUCGAUACGUUCCAUGAAAAAGUGAAACGAAAGAGACUGGACAUGUACGGAGAACGCGAGAUGGAUACCGCAACGAUGAUGCAAAUAGUUUCGGUUAGCAAAGAUCGGCGAACGAGACGAAAGGAUCGAGUUUGGCAAGGAAAAGUUUAUAGAAAUUAUAUCCGUGCGAAAGGAAAUCCUGGACAACUUUGCGAACGUCUCUUAAAUAUUUCUAAAAGAGAGGAAACGAUAGCGAUAGGAAAUGUAUCGAUCGAAAGUGUUAAGAAAAAGGAAGAACAGAAGGAACGUAGAAAAGGUAGAGAUUGGGAAGCAUCGAUUUUCAAAGAAUUUCUCGAAAAGGUGAACGAUCAGUGACCAUAACUGAACGAGGAGGUGAUAGUUAAAAUCUCGAUAGCAGGAAGCAACGAACGAGAAGCGAGAAACUCCGAAGAGAAGGCUUGAGAAAAGGUAUUUGGGCCGCGCGUGUACAACCUAAAAAUUGGUCUCUUUCCUUCGAGUGCUAGCAUUUUCUACUUUCCCGGUGAAAAGCCAAAGAUUUCAGAUACCUCUGGGAGUCCGUUUUCGGGGUCCCGUGUUUGCGCGAGAGUCGCAGCGAAAUGCAACGAAACGCUAGCGGUCGAAGCGCCGGAAAAAGCCUGGUAAAAAUGAUCUUUAUGGUUCCGGGGCGACCCGGUAGCUCCAACGAAUUUCGUAGAAACCAAAGAAACCGUACGGAACAACGUCUUUCGACGAGGAUCGCCAAGGGUUGGAAAGACUCGAAAUUGGUUCCUAGAAGGGGCGAAAACGAAGCUCGCCAUUCGUUAAUCCAGUUUCCACGAAUGUGUUCCUCCGAUACCGUAAACGCGUGUGUCAGGCUGACCGUUGGGAAACGAGGAAAGUCCACUUAUUCGAACGUUCCUCGAUGGUGCACGAUCAAACGAGUCCAGCCAAAAAGUUACGAACGAAGCGGAACGCAGCGUUCGUCGCGAAAUAUUCACCGAUGGUGUUAUUCCGAUCGCGCGAGCGGUUGGUUCGCGCCUAAUCUGUAUACCACUGAACUGUAAAUAAUACUUGUACAUAGUUGAAACGACGGAGGCGCGCGCGCCUGUGUGUGUAUGCGUGCGUGUGAAUGAGUGUGACAAUCAAGAGGGGACAACGGAAUACAAUCGAGGGCGUAAAUUAAUAAGGACCGAUAUCCCAUAUCUAGUCCGAUGACCGCGAAAAUCGCGUCGUCCCUUUGCGAACAAAGAACGAACAUAUUUUGAAAUCGAUGCUUCGUGGACUUGCGCAACAAACGAACCUUCGAGUCGAAUGAAAAUGAAAAAAUGAUCGUGCUAGCUUUGGUACAUAUGAAUCCUCAAUUUUUAGUUUUAGUUGCUGUGGGUACUUAGAAUUUUAGUAUUCUUUUGUUGGCGAAAUUCACUUCGACUCGAAGUCACAGCUAUUUUUCUGAUUAUCUCGAUUCAAAGUAGCAGAUUAACACAUUGACUACCCCUUGAAUUGUCCAAGAAACGAAACUUGAUAAUUGAAAAUUAACAGUUCAGUUGCUAUUGUUACUAAAAUCAAUCUACCAAAUACCUAUCUGUUCCUGAUAACUGUGACAAGUAUUGUAACGGGUGAAAAACUCGUGGUU